GGAACACGCAUUGGAUGGGAACUCUAAACCAAACAAGAGUGAUUGAAUUUGUCUUCCUGGGCCUCACUGACAACUGGGUGUUGGAGAUAUUGUUUUUCAUAGCAUUUUCAGUUACUUAUGUGCUAACCCUUUUGGGGAACAUUCUCAUUAUUGUUACCAUAGCCUUUAGUCCACGUCUUCACACUCCCAUGUAUUUCUUCCUGAGCAAUCUGUCCUUUAUUGAUGUCUGCCACUCAUCUGUCACCAUGCCCAAGAUGCUGGAGGGACUGCUUUUAGAAAGGAAGACCAUUUCCUUUGACAACUGCAUUGCCCAGCUCUUCUUCCUACACCUUUUCGCUUGUGCUGAGAUCUUUCUGCUGACCAUUAUGGCGUACGAUCGUUACGCAGCUAUCUGCAUCCCACUGCAUUACCCUAACGUAAUGAACAUGAAAGUCUGCGCACAGCUUGUCCUUGCACUCUGGCUGGGGGGUACUGUUCACUCAGUGGUGCAGACCUUCCUGACCAUUCAUCUACCCUACUGUGGUCCCAACAUUAUCGAUAGCUACUUCUGUGAUGUACCCCCUGUCAUCAAGCUGGCCUGCACAGAUACAUACCUCACAGGAAUGCUGAUCGUGUGCAAUAGCGGAACCAUCUCCCUCACCUGUUUUCUAGCCUUGGUUACUUCCUACACAGUCAUCUUGUUUUCUCUUCGAAAGCAGUCAGCAGAAGGGCGUCGCAAAGCCUUGUCCACCUGCUCAGCCCACUUCAUGGUGGUCUCCCUCUUCUUCGGACCGUGCAUCUUCCUCUACACUCGGCCAGACUCCAGCUUCUCCGGCGACAAGGUGGUGUCUGUGUUCUAUACCAUGUUCACCCCUUUGCUGAAUCCUCUCAUUUACACCUUGAGGAAUGAGGAGGUGAAAAGUACCAUGAAGCAGCUCAGGCAGAGACAAAUUUGCGCCUGAAAU